AUUCUGUGUUUCGUGAUGCACAAUUGCACAUGCUUCCUGGAGUUCCCCUUUUCCCUUGCAAACAUAAAAUGUAGUCUUCGGUGAAUAUAAAAGUGGAGACGAUCUGCAACACAAUCAGUUCGUCUUCAACACGUUCAACAACCAACUGAAAACCUGUAGCUGAGACAACUGUCUUAAAUUUUUGCGCUUCUAUACUUUACAAGUAAAAACCAUGAACAUGAAGAUGGAAUUAGUUUUGCUGAUGUGCCUGGUGACUCUGUCGAUGGGAGCCAUUUCCAAAGUUGACCAGAAUCAAAUCGACAUCGCUGUGACAGAAGAAAUCCAAUUCGAUGUAACAGAAAUAAAUCAACCUGCUGCUGUGACAGAAGCAAAUGAAUCCGUUGCUGGGACAGAAGAAAUCCAACUCGAUGUAACAGAAUUAAAUCAACCUGCUGUGACUGAAGUAAAACAACCCGCUGCUGUGACAGAAGCAAAUCAAUCCGUUGCUGGGACAGAAGAAAUCCAACUCGAUGGAACAAAAGUAAAUCAACCUGCUGUGACUGAAGUAAAACAACCCGCUGCUGUGUCUGAAAAACACCAGCAACCAGCGCAUGGAACAACGAUUAAAUCCGGCGGGUCUUCCGAGUCGGUUGAAUCCGCUGAAUCCACCGAGUCCCUUGAAGACGCUAAUGACACAGACACGGACACUUCUGCCACCUUCCACAAACGCUUUUACUACCCAAGUUCUUAUUAUUACCCGCAUUAUUAUCCAAAAUAUUACUACCCGAGAUAUCACUACCCUCGCUAUUAUUAUUAGCCUGCUCUCUAGAUAUUCUACACUCGUUCCAGGCCUCAAUGCAAUACUAAUAACCAAUCACUCACACACAGCCCAUUCCCAACAUUAUUUAUCUGUUAUUUACCUUUUUUUAAAAAAGAUGUAACGUUAUCAAAUAAUUGCUGAUUAAAUAAAUUUAAUAAAGUGC